AUGAAAAAAUUUACCCCAGUAACACCCCAAUUAAAUCUAAGUUCUUCACUUUGCAUUCCAGGUACUAAAAUAAACUAUAAAUUAUUAACUAAAAAUAGAACUUUUUUAAAAAAUACUCCAAACUCAACUCCAACUUAUAUUUGGAAUCCAAAAGUUGGAAAUACAUCCAUUGUUGAUGUCAAUUCUAAAGGUGUUAUUGGUAAUAAUAAUUGUGCUGGAUCUGUUGUCAUUGUUCAAGAACCAGACCAAAUUGUUUUUUCAUCAUCUCAAGUAGAGGUCGAAGUUGGUAAAAAAUUAGUACUCUCAACUAAAUUAUUAUCAAAGCAUUUACCAAAAGGAGUUUAUUUCGAAUCUUGCUCAAUUAAUAAUUUAGAAUGGAAAGUUAAAGAUGAUUCCAUUUUCAAAAUUUUACCACAUGAAAAGGUCGACCAACAAAAGAUAUCAAGUGACAUAUGUUCAUCUCGUGAAUUUUUGGCUCUAAAAGAAGGCUCAACUGUUAUUUCAGUUCAAUACAAUGGAAUUAGAGAAGAAAUUUCUUUAGGUUCAUCGGCCGAGGUUUCUUUCUGUGGUGGUAAAGAGACAUGGCUUUUACAACCAAAGAUUUAUUCCAAAUUUAUUUCAUCAGAUAAUAAUGAACAAAACUCACUCUCAAUCACUCCAGGUGAUAAUAAUUCAUUCAAAGUCACUUGUCAAAAACAAUCAAAUGAUCCACAAAAUGUUAUUGUAACUAUUAGAAACAAAAAGAGUAUUAGCAGCCCAUUACCAGAAACCCGUUCAAUUAAAAUUCCAUUCUUUUGCCGUCAACCAUCAUAUGUUAAUAUUCAAUUUAUAAAAUUACCAACUGAAGAAGAAGGUAAACAAAAAUCACGUGAAAUCAGUCGUUUAAAUAUUCAUAGUAAUAGUGAUUUACCAUUUAUUGCUAUGAAUUCUAUUGCUAAAUAUGUAAAAGGUAGUACCAAUUAUCCAAUUAUAGUUGCAGGUUCCAUCUUUAUUGCCGCCUUUGCUAUUGGUCUUUAUGUAUAUAAAAAACAUAUGUUAAUUUAUAUAUCAAAUUCUUUAUUAGAAUCAUUCCGAUCUCCAUUUCCAUACUCUUCUUUAGUAUCACCAAAUAUUUCACAAUUUAGUAUUAAUUUAUAA